AUGAGCUCCAGCAAUGACGCGGUGUUUCUGCGUCGCAACAACCAAAUCCAAGAUGCCAUUGACUCCCAGAACAUGAAGCAGGCCUUACAGCUGAUUGAGAAGCGCAUGAAGAAAGGCGAGAAUACUCAUUUUCUGAAGGCAAUAAUGGACCAACUAACACACGAGACCGCAAGAAAACAGGCCUGGAAAGCGAAUGUCCUCUUCAAUCACGCCGAUGAAACUCAUAAAAAGAAAGGAAUUGCGGAGACUAUCGAGCUGUGCAACGCCGAUCCACCAAUCUCGGACUUAGACUCUCUCGACACACUCCACCGCACGCUGCAGAAGAUGGAUGACCAUACUGAGCUUCGGAGUGCCAUAUGGGAGCGAGCAGCUAAGGCAAAACCACAAGAUCACGCUCUUCAGAUGAGGUGGUUCAAGUUCGGAUAUGAUGCUGGUGACUGGAAGUCCGCCCAGAAAGCUGCCAUGAGUCUUCAAAAGAACUUUCCUCGGGAGCGAAAAUACUAUUUCUGGGCCAUUUUCCUCUGUCAUCUCGUUUCAGAUGACGCGGCUAGUUCGGACAUGGACCGCAAGUUGUUUGGGACACUUGCCUAUCGCCUUGCUCAGAAGGCAGUAGCAGAGGUCCCCCUGAACCCGACUGAAUUGCCAAGCCCCCCGAGAGCAAUACAAACCGCCGAGGAGCUUUUCUUGGUUGUUCGAAUUCUCGAAUCGCAGGAUCGCUGGGCAGAGGUUGUGCAGAUACUCAAUAGCGAGAAUGCUGGUCUCAGCUCUCGGAUUGUUAACAACGACAGGACUUUCAGGUUAGCCAAAGUCACUAGCUUGGGGGCUGCAGGUCUCUGGGAAGAAGGGCACUCAUACGCCAAAAGCUUGCUUGCCGUGUCUGAAGACGAAGCAGAACGCAGCACUCUGCAUGAGCGCGAUGAUUGGAAAUACUGGAACUUGCUCAUCGUAGCCGUGCGUCGUCUCGAUAAAAGUCCGGAGCUGCUUUCCGACACCCAGCAGCAUAUCGAAAAGUUCAUCGAAUUCAGCCCAAAGUCCCGCAAUGCGCAUAUCGCUCUCAUGGACAUAAUCCUAACCGGGUUUAAACGGGGCGAGCGGACGGAGGAUGAUUUGGUUGUUGCGUGCCAAAGAUACUUCGACCAACACAAGCACAAGCUCUACGCUUUUAAAGACUUACGAGGGGUCUUGGAGACCCGCGAUGCUACUUUGAUUCACCGAGUAUCUCAACUUUGCAUGGAUAGUGUCGAAGGAAAACCCGACGAUGCCAUUCCAUUGAUCAAUGCGUACAAACUGCAGUACUGUGACCGGAUUUCAGGCAACAAAAACGCAUCCAAACCUAUCAUUGAGACUCUUGUCCGCAAUUGCCUUUAUUUUUACGAUGCAUUUACGCUUUUAGCAAAGACCCAAGACUCAAAGAAAGAAAGCCAACCAGAUAGUGCUUCUGCAAUGGAAAGUCGGCCCACGGAUGACUUCUGCAUCAUUGCCGCAAUGGCCCUUCUUCAGCCCAGCCCAGCUGACCAGUCAUCUGAAAAAGUCACCAACACUGCUCUGAUUCGUGCCGCUGGAAUUUUGGAGCGCCUUCUAAUCGAUUCACCUCAUAACUACGAGGCAAUACUUAUGCUGAUCCGCAUUUAUCUACUUCUCGGCGCUGGCUCCAUUGCUUUGAGGUGGUUUGGCAAGCUGUCCGUCAAGCAAAUGCAGUAUGAAAGUGUCGCUCAUAACCUUUUCACUCGCUUUGCUACCGUCCACCCUCAUCCCGCGCCUCCUAUUGAGGGUGGAGAGUACAAGGACUUUGACGCGCAAGUUGCAUUUAUCGCCGCUCUCGACUUUUAUCGUAAUGCAAGCUUCACUAUCAAGAACUCUUUGAUAAAAGGACUCGACGAUGGGACUUAUGUCAAUCUAGACGACUCAAUCGAGCUUCAAAAACGCAUCAGAGACAGUGUCUGCCGGAGAAUGUGGGCCUUGGACUUACGGCGGAUGCAAAGAAUCCGCAAGGGAAACCACAUGGCCCUCUAUGAGGACAUCGCCCAGGAUACAUCACCAGCUCAAGACCAGCGGAAGUACGAUGCUUUCAUGAAUCUGGAACGUUGUGACCAAUCUCCAUUUGAGAACCGAUUACGCGCAGGCCCGAUUCCUGGUGAAACCUGGCUGGCAUCCGCCCGGCUCACUGACAGACUUUUCAGUGUUCUUGAUAGCAUUAGCAGUCAGAGGCCAGUCGUCUUGAAGCUAGACCUGCCCCAAAUCGACAAGUUGUCGCUCUCCCAGACUGGAGAUGAUCACACUGACGCCGAAAGGGAUGCAACUAAGAUUCACAUAGAGUUGCUGAAAGUAGCUAUGUUCAUGGCUGGAUCCAAGGCCCAUACUUCUACCGAAAUUGAGACUGCUCUUAGCGAGGUAGAGGAUUGGUUGAAGACCAAGAGAGAGGAUCUAGCUCUUGAAGACACUGUGAAAUCUUCCCUUAUCAUGAGAACGACCAUUGAGUUCACCCCAGGUACCCCAGGUGCACCGACAUGGGAAUAUUUCCAUGCCAUCUGGACCCUCGUGGAGACCCUCAAGGCUUUGUGGAAAAUUUUCGACCUAAAUUCUCGAAAGGCCACAAAGACUGCCAAACUCCCUGCCGAAAAAUUGAAGCGACUGAAUACUCUUGUUCGUGAAGUUUUCGAGGAUGUUCGUUCGAAUACUCGAAGUUUGAAACAGAGCCUUACCGAAUCAGCUACUCUCAGUACACUCAUUGACAUGGUGAAGCGUGGCAAUACAACUGAUGAAUACGAUAAGCCGCUUCAAGAUAUUUUGGAGAAGGUGAUGGAUGAAUCUGCACUCGAAUUGUUCUGCGGAGAGCUGAGGGAGAGCUGGGAGGAGGCACUUGAUGGGGUGCUGACCCUAGUCACUCGCCUACCGCACCAACGCCAAGGCUCCAUUUUGCGGUUCCAGGCAAAAGACCAGGCGAUUUUCACACGGCUCCCUCACCUCCUCUUCGACAACCUCCGCCAACCCCUUCAGUCAACAACCGUCGAGAUGGCCGAACGCUCCGGAAUUGUGGUCGGACUCAACGCGGGCCGGAAAACCACCGCCCUCAACACCCCCAAGACCCGCAUCUCGCGCACCAAGGGCAAGUCUUCUCGCCGCACCGCUUUCGUCCGCGAAAUCGCCCAGGAGGUCGUUGGUCUCGCUCCCUACGAGCGCCGCAUCAUUGAGUUGCUGCGCAACGCCCAGGACAAGCGUGCCCGCAAGCUCGCUAAGAAGCGCCUCGGUACUUUCGGCCGCGGCAAGGCCAAGGUUGAGUCCAUGCAGAAGGUUAUUGCUGAGUCUCGCCGCACCGGUGCUCACUAA